AUGGCUUCUCAGCACUACCAUGAACUCGUGUUCCUCUCCACUCUACUCUUCCUCUCCAUCUCCCUCUCCACUCAAAGCCAUGAAACCCUAGUUUUUCCUGUAAGAAAAGAUCCCACCACCCUCAAUACAUCACCGGCAUUUACCAAAAGAACACCUCUAGUCCCCGUCAGGCUCCUCGUCGACAUCGGAAACGGCUUCAUAUGGGUAAUCUGUGAAGAUAACUACGUCUCAUCGUCUUACCGUCCGGCGAGGUGCAACUCCACCCAAUGUGUCCUCGCCGGGCCCACCACCUGCAACACCUGCGAUGGCACUCCCCGCCCCAACUGCAAUAAAAACACUUGUGGUCUCUAUGUGCAGAACCCCAUCAGCCACGUAAUCCUCAAAGGCGACGAUCUCAUCGAUGAUGUCGUUCUCUUUAGGUCCAUUCACGGCAACUUUGCCACAGUUCCUCACUUCCUUUUCUCCUGUGGAGCAAAUAUCUUGCGAGAUGGUUUGGCUAGUGGUGUUGAUGGUGUUGCUGGCUUUGGCCGGACCAAGAUCGCCAUCCCUACUCAGUUGUCAUCAGUUUUCAACAUUCAUCCACAGUUCGCACUGUGUCUUUCUUCAUCUCCAUCCUCAAAUGGUUUCAUAUUUGUUGGUAAUGGAGGCAAUUACAAGCUCGCCCCUGGUAUUGAUGUUUCAAGCUUUCUCAUGAGAACACCACUUAUUACUAAUCCGGUGAGCACUAUAGCAUUCUCCUUCCCAGGAGAAGCUUCGUCUGAGUAUUUCAUUGGCGUUAGUUCCAUAAAGAUCAACGGCAAAGCAGUGAAGAUAAACACAACUUUGCUGGACAUAGAUGACAAAGGAGUUGGCGGAACAAAGAUAAGCACGGUGACGCCGUUCACCACUAUGGAGACAAGCAUCUACAAGGCAGUCACCAUGGCAUUCAAGAAAGAAGCUAAAGCUAAGAAGAUGAAGAGUGUAGCACCAGUGGAACCAUUCAAGACUUGCUUUAGCUCUGAGAGCAUGAAGAGCACUAGGGUUGGCCCUGACGUGCCAAUUAUUGACCUGGUUUUGGCCAGUGAGGAUGUUUAUUGGAGGGUGUUCGGAGCUAACUCAAUGGUGGAGGUGAAGGAGAAAGGAGUGGUGUGCUUGGGUUUGGUUGAUGGAGGAUUGAGCCCUCGUACUUCGAUUGUGAUUGGUGGGCAUCAACUGGAGAAUAACUUCUUGGAGUUUGAUUUGGCUACUUCCGUUCUUCGGUUUAGUUCUUCUCUGCUGUUUCGACAAACAACUUGUGCAAACUUUUAUUUUGGUUCCAAGCCUUUGAUUUGGGAGUAUGAGGUGUGAUGAUGAUGGUCACGGGUGAUCAUUGCUUGUGUUAUCAUGUCAAUGGUUUGUUUUAAAUUCUAAAUAAGGGUUCCUUGAAAGCUCUGGAUUUGUGUUAGUUGGGUUUACUGGGAAGUGCCUGAAGAGGUAUUCAAUUCAAUAAAU